GAAUAAAGCAAGAUGGCGUCUGACGGUGAAGACGUUAUUGCAGUCGUCACAGUUCAGUGUUCUUAAUCUGUGUCUCCAUGGACACAUAUAUGUCCUUUAUUACACUCUAGUAAAUAGAGUAAACAUCGUUAAUAACUGUUUGCAUCCGGUUAUAUUAGUCUGAGCGCACUUUGAUGCUUCUCGAGCUAGCUUAGCCUGAUAGUUAGCUUAGCUUGUUAGCUGCUAACAAAGAGAGGCGGAAGUGAUCAAAACACAUCACUAAGUAGAGAUCAAGUGUGAGUGUAAAGUGUUGUGAUUGUGUGAAAAUGUGCCAAAGAACCAUAGCAGAGUACGAGGAGGAACUUUAUCCAACAAAAGAGGAGAAGGAGCGACAACAUGAAAAACAUCAAGUUGUGUUACACAGAACAGACAUCCAUCAGCUGAUUGGACACCAAGAAGAAUGUCUCCCUCAUCUGCAGGGGGACAGUUUCACUUUAGAGUAUCCACAGCCCUCACAUUUUAAAGGGGACAAAGAUGAGCCACAGCCCUCUUAUUUCAAAGAGGAAGAGGAGGGAGAGUGUCCUAUAGGGCAGGAGGAGGCUGAUGUCAGCAAGUUUCCACUGACUGUUGUCUCUGUGAAGACUGAAGAGCAUGAAGACAAACCACCUGAGUCCUCACAGCUUCAUCACAGUCCAAACGUCUGUGAAGAACAUCUUCACCCUGAGCAACAGAAGUGGAGCUUCAGGAUGCGGACAGAGGAGCCACAGCCCUCCCACAUUAAGAAGGAAGAGGAAUACCCACUGAUACCCCAUUUUAAAAAGGAAGAGGAGGACCCACUGACACCCCAUUUUAAAAAGGAAGUGGUGGAUCCACUGACCCCUCACUCUAAGGAGGAAGAGGAGGACCCACUGACACCCCAUUUUAAAAAGGAAGUGGUGGAUCCACUGACUCCUCACUUUAAAGAGGAAGAGGAGGACCCAGUGACCCCUUACAUUAGAGAGGAAGAGGAGGAAGAGGGCAUCAGUCAGCCUAAAUGGUUGGAGGAGUUCCCAGUGACUGGUGUCCCUGUGAAGAGUGAAGAUGAUGAGGUGAAAGGUGAAAGUGAGGAGAGGGGAGGGGGGGAGCCUCCAAGCAGCAGCUCAACACAACACAUGACAACAGAAGCUGAUGGAGACCACUGUGGAGGAUCACAAGCAGACAAGCUCUUAGCUCCACUAUCAGAUAGUGAGGACACAACGUCACACUCUCCUGACACUGAUGAUGAAGACUCUAAAGAUGAUAAGACAUGUCACACUGACAACACUCACUUCACAUCUUCUCACUGUCACAAAACUUUUAAAUACCAUUGUCGUCUGAAAAGACACAUGAGAACACACACUGGAGAAAAACCUUUCUCUUGUUCAAUCUGUAGUAAAGGUUUUGUAAAAAGUAGCUAUUUGAAAGUACACAUGAGAACACACACUGGAGAAAGACCUUUUUUAUGUUCAAUCUGUGGUAAAGUUUUUAUUCAAAGGUACUAUUUAAAAUCACACAUGAGUACACACACUGGAGGAAAACAUUGUUCCUGCUCAGAAUGUGGAAAAAAUUAUACUCAAAGCCAUAAUUUGAAAACACACAUGAGAAUAGACACUGGAGAAAAACCUUUUUCAUGUUCAAUCUGUGGUAAAAAUUUUACUCGAAGGCAAAAUUUUAAAACACACAUGACAAUACACACUGGAGAAAAACCUUUUUCAUGUACAGUUUGUGUCAAAAAUUUUACUCAAAGGCAAUCUUUGAAAGUACAUAUGAGAUUACACAAUGGAGAAAAAAAAUGUUUCCUGCUCAGACUGUGGUAAAAGUAUCGUACUAAAUCAAAGUUUAAAAGUACAUAUGAGAACACACACUGGAGUAAAACGUUUUUCAUGUUCAAUCUGUGGUAAAAAUUUUACUCGAAGGCAAAAUUUUAAAACACACAUGACAAUACACACUGGAGAAAAAACCUUUUUCAUGUUCAAUUUGUGUUAAAAAUUUUACUCAAAGGUAAUCUUUGAAAGUACAUAUGAGAUUACCACUGGAGAAAAUAAAAUUUCCUGCUCAGAAUGUGGUAAAAGUUUUGUAAUAAAUCAAGGUUUAAAAGUACAUUUGAGAACACACACUGGAGAAAAACCUUUUUCAUGUUCAAUCUGCGGUAAAGAUUGUACUCAAAAGAAGCAUUUCAAAGCACACAUGACACUACACACUGGAGAAAAACCUUUUUCAUGUUCAAUCUUUGGUAAAAAAUCUAUUCGAAGGCAACAUUUAAAAACACACAUGAGAAUACACACUGGAGAAAAACCUUGUUCCUUCUCAUAAUGUGGUAAAAGUUUUGUCAUAAGACAAAGUUUAAAAGUAAAAAUGAGAACACACGCUGGUGAAAAACCUUUCAUAUGUUCAGUAUGUUGUAAAAGUUGUAUAGAAGGACGACAAUUAAAAUUACACGUGAUAUAGCACUCUGGUGAAAAACCAUACUCCCGUUCAAGCUGCGAUAAAAGCUUUGGUCACCUAAACACUCUUACAGUGCAUAUGAGAACACACGCAGGUGAGAAAGUGCUGAGUUGCAGUGUGUGUGGUGAAAGAUUGUCUUCUAAGUACCAGUGUAAGAAACACAAGUGUGCUGGUGAGAACAGCAGCAGCAAAUGAAACUGCAGGAUUUGAAAUAAACUGUCCAGACUUUCAUUUUGACUUUCUAACAACAUCAGCACAUAUAACAUGUGUGACAUUGUUGUUUGUCUAACAAUCUGGUUAAUAUGCUUCUACAUUUAUAGAUUAGACACUUCAGAUUAGUGUGUUUAUUACAGUCAAGUACAUGAGUUAAUAUACACAUUUGUGUACUUUGAAAUGAACACAACAAUUUGACUGAAAAGGUGAGAAUAAACAGUACAUAAAAUUAUGUUACAUGCAAUAAACAUUGUAUGUGUAAAUAUCCAUAAUUUACCUCUAUACUUAUUCAUAAUAGUGUUUUAUAUGUUUUUUGAAAAAUGACGUGUUACAUAUUUUAUUUUCUAAUUGUAGAUAAUUCCAUAGAUGAAUUCCUUUUAUAUGAUGUACAUAUUUGUUUUACAUGUGUUCAUACAUUUGCUUUUGAGUACACAUAAAUCCCUCUUAGUUCAUAUUUACUGCUUCACAUCUGAAACAUCUUCUGGACCACUUCUGGAAGCAUAUUAUUAUUUACUUUAUACAUCAUUUGAACAGUUGUCUUUUAUACAAGAUCUUUUACUUUUAUAAUGUGUGAUUUUUUGAAUAAUUUGUUGGGUCUCUAGAAUCCAUUCUAUUAGUUGUCUUUAUUACUUUUUGUGUAAUAUGAUGAUUGUGUGAUUGUUUUAUAUGUAUGUCCCCAGACUUUUAUGCAAUAAACAAUGUAUGCUUCAACUGAA